AUGCCUUAUAUGAACGAAUUCUGGGCGUAUAUCCGUGUCGACAACCAGAGGUUGUGCUGCUAUGGGACCACCUUGUUCACCAAAGACAGGAUGCUAGAGUGUUGGAUUCCUUCCGUUAAAGGACAGAGAUUCACGGUCAAUUGGACUUCCAAGAAGUCGCUGAUGCAUAGCUGCGGCGAUGUCACUGUUGGCGGGGUCGACAUUGGCGGGGUCACCAUUAACCAAGAGCCUGAGCAUCUCCCAAAGCGUCGUUACAGAGGCCCUCGCGGGGAGUAUGAUCAUGCAGAGGUGACUCACUCCUACAAAGGCGAGGAGCUCGCUUUCGAGGAUGGUGCUAGAGAAAUUCGCCUUGUUAUAAGUCGUACUCGUGGUCCUUCCAAGUCCAUUGGCACCCACCAGACCAUUCGGCCAAUAACUGAUGGUGAAGCUUUGUCUGAAGACACGCCUAUUAUGCGGGUGGAGAUUGUUGCUACAUUCGUUUUUAAGUAUCGAGAGUACGAUUUUUUGAAAUCUAAAGGGUUGAUUGAUAAUCUACCUAGUUUUUCGACCAUCAGGGAAGCCUGGUUGACCGUUGCCAAGAAUAGGCCUGUAGACCCGCAGAGUGUUAAGAUUAAAGAAUCUGACGACCAGCUUGAAGAGCGUUUGGGCACAGACACGAUGAAGAACAGAAGCACAGCUUCAUGGUCAAAAAACGCAAAGCGCAACUUCGAUGAAAUGAUAUGCCCUACAGAUGAAGAAUUAGCGAAGGAAGUUCAGAGCUUACAGAUUCAUCUGGAGUGCCUUCAACAGGAGCAGGGCCAUAGAGAGCGGUUGGCAUUGCGCAACGCUCAGCCAGGCGCGAAGAAGCUCAAGCGUUUUGGGUCUCCUCCGCAAUUUGAAUAUCCACAAGCGGCUAUUUUGCCUCAGCCUAGAUCGAAAAGGUCCAGGCGGCGCCGCAGACUCGCGUUGAAGAAAAUGGUCAAACACGAGGAAACCAAUGGCGGUAUUUGA